GCUACGAGGUUUUGGCUCAAAUGAUCUAUUUUAGCCUUUAUUCACGACAACGUUCUAGCAAAGCUCCUUAACUUGUGAAGUGCUUCUGCUUUGUUUAGCAAUUUUCGUUAGUUGAUAUUUUGGUUCAGAUUGGCUGUUUUGGUGGGGCAAACGCAAAACAAAAAUGUCCAACGUGCUCAACGAGAACGACUCCUCUGCUGAGGAGACGGGGGAUGUUAAGAUUCUCAUCAAAGGUGGCGACAAGCUCAGCCCGGGAACUAACAACGUGUAUGCGUUUUGCAAUCACUGCAAGAAGGACAUUUCUGUGGUGUACAUCAAAUCGGAGACGAAUGGUAAAGAGUUAGCUGUGACGGAAACGUUGAAGACCACUUGGCCUGCUGUGUUUGAAGGGAGAUUUCCUGAGAGCGACUACGAGAAAUGCAAGAAGAACAACGAUUAUGAAAGCUGCAAGAAGCUGCUGGAUAAAAAGAAAAAUUCUGAAAAGAUUCAUGAAUUGUGGGUGUCCUUUCUGAACUGGUGCACAUUACAUGGGUUUCACUUUUGCUUCUCGGGCAACCCACCUGUGCGCCGUGUAAUAUGGACUUUACUGCUACUCGGGGCAUUUGCGUUAUUCUUAGAGAAAUGCACCGAUAGCAUUAUCAAUUACUUUCAGUUCCCUUUUACUACUACCACUCUCAUCAUCUACGAAAAAAGCCUGGCAUUUCCCGCAGUUACUAUUUGUAACUACAACGAUGCCCGCCUCUCGAAAAUGAAUGGAACCGCUGUGCAUAACCUCUAUGUAACCAAAAUGAUAAAAGGAGGAAAUAGCAGUCACCUCAAGAAUAAUAUCUCAGGAAAAGAAAUGACAGAUAUACUAUCUAAUGCUGCCCAUCGACUCGACGAAAUGAUUCUGGAAUGUAUAUGGCAAAAGGAUUCAAAAUGUGACCACAGAAACUUUGCCGAGUUCAAGAACGCUGAUGGAGAUGUAUGUUUUACAUUCAACUCCGGUAAAAAUAGCCCGGCCCUUUUGACGAGCAGUAUAGGUGAAGACAAAGGUUUACGUCUUCUUAUCGAUUUGCAACAUUAUGAUUACUAUUUUGAUGUUGAAAGCGCAGGCUUCAAGGUAAUUUUACAUGACCAGGAGGAAACUCCAGUAAAAAUGCAGGGUUUAGCUGUAUCUCCUGGAUUUACGACCUACAUGGAGCUAAAGAAGAGAAAGAUCACGAACCUGCCCUCGCCUUACCGAACCAAUUGUGGGAUGCCAAAGCUACGCUUUUUUGAGAAAUACAGCAAAUCUAAAUGUUUCUUGGACAAACUGACUCCUUAUGUUGUCGAAAUCUGCAAGUGCCGUGAUUGGUUCAUGCCAGGAGCUGAUGAAGGAAUUCCUGUCUGCGAUCUCGAUAUGAGUAAAGAGUGCAUGUGGCCAGCUUGGGUGCAUUUCCAAGACAAGAAGUUGGACAACUGUCCCGUGGCAUGUGAGAGCGUGGAGUUUUCAGCUCAGUUGUCGUACGCCCGGUAUCCGGCCAAUGCCUACGCCGAUCUGCUUCUGUCCAAACGUAAAAAUUUGACAGGAACACCCGAAGAAAACAGACAAUAUCUCAGAGAUAACCUUUUGGAGUUGAGGAUUUACUACGAGUCUUUAACUUACUCUGACGUGAGACAGGUUCCCAGUUAUGAUCUGUACAGUUUGUUAGGUGACGUGGGAGGUCAAAUUGGUCUAUUCCUCGGCGCCAGUCUCCUGACAUUGGUCGAAUAUUUGGACCUUCUGGCAAUGGUACUUUUCACCAAAUACAAGAACCGCAAUGAGUGACUUAAAAACAUUCACGAACUUUGUUAGUUUUGGAGCAAAUAAAAACUAGCAUAAUAUUCAGUAUAAUUCAAGUUAUGUGAAGUUACUCUCGUGACUUUACAUAGAUUCGAUUAUGUUAUUAUCUUAAAAAAGAUAUUGGCUAUGAUAAAUUCCAUAGAGAUUACACCUGGCAAGUUCUCGUUGUAUAUUAAGUUCCGGACAAAAAGAUGCAAUGUCAAGUGCUAAAGUUUAAUAAUUUUAUGAUGUCUUCGAAGCAAAAGCUGUAUAAUGUGUAAAAUCAAGUUCCUGUAAAAUUAAGACAGUUACAUUAUAGUGCUUUUUUCUUUUGGUGAAAUAAUGCUGGACAUAAAACCCCAUAGUCUGGUUCAGACUAAUGCCGAAACUUGGAGUACCAAAGAUGUUGCAGCAUUUCGUUUGUGAAAUCUAUUACUGAUCAAAAUCUUAUAGAACAAAGCAAAAGUUCCUAACUAUCUAACUGAAAUUGAUGGAAUAAUUUUUCCAUCUUCUUAAGGAAAGUUCUUAUGACAACCCUAAAUUUGGGUGAGAGUUAAAGAAGUGUAAUGUCAAGUUCCAGUUCAAAGCAAAAUUUCUUAACUACCUAACUGAAAUUGAUGGAGAAAUCUUUUGCACUUUUUCAGAGAAAGUUCUUAUGGCAAGCCUAAAUUUGGGCGAGAGAGAAAGAAAAUGUUUACAAUGCAAUCUUAACAGAUCUGAUUUGAUCUCAUCUGAACUCGUAGGUUAUUGUAUUUUAAGUCCCAAAAGGUCUGAUAACCGAAAACACUGAAUAACACAUUUAGCAAAUUCUUUGUCGACUCUUGUUGAUACUUAACACAGUAGAAUGAUGUUUUGAACCAGUUAAUCCGCAAGAAUAAUAGUAUAGCUAUCGUAUUUGAUAACAUUACAACUAGUAAACCAAAUUGUCAGCGGAUUGGUCAGCGGAUGUUGGUCAAGAGGGUUGUAAUUUUUGAGCUCCGCUAAGUGUGAGAGCCUAUACAGUGUCUGUUUAGG